GCUCUACUAAUUUUAACGGCGACUCCUCACCCGCUCAUACCAACCCACGAAUCUGCCCUCGGUUUCCUCCCCCCGCGUCUGCCACCCUCCCCCGAAAUACUCCAAACCUCCACCGCGAACCCUCCAAACUAGAACCUCCCUUAGUCCCCAACCCACCAACCCCUCCCGCACACCGCCCACCAUGUCCCUCGACCGCCCCUCGCACAGCGCACCGGACCACCUCCCCUACGCCGACCCCACGUCCACCCUCCUCGCCUCCUCCUGCCUCGACUUCCUCCUCAUCGAGCUCGUGCCCAUGGCCUACCGCAUCGCCGCCGAGCUCAACGCGCGCGAAGAAGAAUGGAUGCGCGGCGGCGCCGUCGGGUCCACCGGCGCUCCCCAACAAGCUGCCAAAGAGCCCACCGACGCCGGCAGCGUGAGCGGCGUGGGCGGGGGGAAGACCGCCACAGUGGCCGAGAGCCUCGUCGACGAAGAAGAGGCGCGGGAGCAGGUGUUUUUCCGGCUCGAGGGGCUGGGAUACCGGGUCGGGCUAGGAGUAAUAGAACGCUUCACGCGCGACAAACCCCGCCCCACCGACCCCCUCGACGUCAUCAAGCUGCUCUGCAAGGACCUCUGGACGCUGCUCUUCCGCAAGCAAAUCGACAACCUCAAGACCAACCACCGCGGCAUCUACGUGCUGACCGACAACACCUUCAAGCCGCUGUCGCGCAUGAGCUUCGAGAAGAACCUCGAGACCAUCGCCAAGGCGCAGCCGUUCCUGUAUUUCCCGAGCGGCGUGCUGCGCGGCGCGCUGGCGGGCAUGGGCAUCCAGGCAACGGUGCAGGCCGAGACAACGCAGGUGCCGGGCGCGACGUUCCAGAUACGGACGGUGGGGGCGAAGCCGUAGACGGGAGUGGGCACAUAAAAGGGUUUUAAGCGGGUUUGAAUUUAGCGGCAUGGGUUGGCGUUUGGGUAGAUUUUACCCAGGAGUAAGUAUUGGGCAUUCAUGGGUGCUUCGAAGCAUUGAGCGAUGUUCAAAACUUUGUCCUUCACGAAGAAGGUUAGAUAAUCAAGAGCUCACAUAAGAAUCACCAACAAAUCAUAUCAGAGC